AGAGAGGAGGAGCACAGAGCCCGGGCUCGGUGGAUGAUAUCACUGUGUAGCUCUGUGCCUCUCUCACAUCCACAGCUGCAAUCCUACUGCUGCUGCUGCUCCCCUCGCCUCUAUUCCAAGGAAACAGCACACCCAGCCCAAGGAGGGGAGGCACGCGCCGCUGACAUCCCUUUUGUUCAUUCUUCUACCAGGUGGAUCAUCCUGGGCUUGUAAAGACAAGGAGUCUCUGCUAUGUCUCUAACAUCAUGUGUCCUGGGGACCCUCCUAGUCACCCUGCUCUGCAGCAACCCCCAAGCAUUGGAUUUACCUAAAGACUCACAAUUAUUUCCUCCAUCUUUUACUGAGCAGCCCCCCAAAAAGUAUGUGGUGUACCCCAACGAUGAUAUUAUGCUCAAAUGUGAGGCGAAAGAAAAAACCAAAACAACGUAUUCAUGGGAGAAGGACGGGCUGCCGUUUGAGCCAAAUGACACCAGAGUGGUUCGAAGGAAAAAUUCGGGGAGCUUGACUAUUACCAACUUCAACGGGAACAUGAAGGAGUUCCAAGGCAUUUACCGCUGCUUUGCCAGUAACGAGCUUGGCACAGCUGUGUCCAAUGAGGUCCAUGUCAUUACAGAAGCUAUGCCUAAAUGGCAGAAAGAGUCCAUACGACCUGUUGAGGCUGAAGAAGGAGACUCAGUUGAACUGCCUUGCAAUCCCCCCAAAAGUGCCGUACCUCCACGGAUCUUCUGGAUGAACAGCACUCUUUCACACAUAAUUCAGGAUGAUCGUGUCACUAUGGGAAUGAAUGGGAAGCUGUAUUUCUCUAAUGUGAAGGCAACAGAUAACCAUCCAGACUACAUUUGCCAUGCCCAGUUUAUCGGAGCCCGAACCAUUGUGCAGAAGGAACCCAUCGAACUCAAAGUCUUACCCUCUAACUCACUGAAGUACCGUAAGCCCAAGAUGAUGAUGCCAGUUAGUAGUUCAAGUUCUCACUUGGCCUUGAAAGGCACUCCUCUGCAACUAGAGUGCAUCUCAGAAGGACUCCCUACCCCAGCGAAUGAGUGGAUAGCUAUCACUGGAGCUAUGGAUCCAAGGCGCUUUCAUUUCGAUGAGUUUAAGAAGAUGCUUCGGAUUGAAGAGGUCCAAGAAGAAGAUGAUGGAGAAUAUGAAUGUAUUUCCAGAAACACGGAAGGCGAAGUGAGGCAUACGUAUACUGUCAGGGUGGAGUCUGCUCCAUACUGGAUUAACAGGCCGAAAGAUGAAAUCCGAAGUCCAGGAGAAGACGUUAAAUUUACCUGUGAGGUUGAAGGGAAACCCAGGCCCAAGAUCACCUGGAAAAUAAAUGGAGAACCCUUAACAGCUGCAGAUUUGGGUCCUGAUCGUAAAAUGGACAGUGGAAGAUUAAUUCUGCAGAACCUGAAGACAAGUGACACAGCUGUGGUUCAGUGUGAAGCAAGGAAUAAACAUGGACAUAUACUAGAGAACGCUUAUAUCUCUGUUGUUGAACUGGCCCCUGAAAUUCUGACUCCUGAUAGAAUGAACUACUCUGCUGUGGAGAACACUAAUGUUCAUUUGCAUUGUAAAUUUUUUGGUUCCCCUACUCCAGACACCCUCUGGUAUGACAAGGAUAUGAGAUCUGUGGUAAUGAAGAACAGCUUCAACAUCCUCACUAAUGGCACCAUGGAAAUCACAAAAGUAACUAGUGAAGAUGAAGGAAUUUACUACUGUACAGCCUCAAACAGCCAGGGAAACAUGACGAUAUCUGCAUAUUUAGAUGUUAGAAAUGCUACUCAGAUAAUCACUCCACCAGAGACCCAGCGGGUGCGAAAGGGGGGCAAAGCAACUUUUCAGUGUCUACCUUUAUUUGAUCCCAGGAUGGAGGAUAAAAGAGUGGAAUGGAAAAAGGACGGCGUGGACAUUACAGAACAUGCUGAUAAUGACAAAUACUUUAUUGAAGAUUUCUCUUUGAGUAUAGCCAAUGUUCAAGAAGAUGACCAGGAGAUAUAUACUUGUGUGGCCCGAAGUGAACUUGAUGUAGUAGAGAAAAAUGCAUCUCUUAUGAUGAUUGAUCUUCCAGAACCAGCCUAUGACUUGGAGCUUUCAGACCCUCAGGACACAAGUGUCAUUCUCACCUGGAUCCCAGGAAAAGAUAAUAACAGUCCUAUUGAUGAGUUCAUCAUAGAGUUUGAAGAAGACAACUUUGAGCCUGGAAUAUGGCAUGAGCUAACCAGGGUGGAUGGAGAUGAAAACACAGCCCGUCUGACUCUCUCUCCCUAUGUCAACUACCAGUUCCGAGUCAUUGCUGUAAAUGAGCUAGGUCCAAGCAAUGGAAGUAAGCCAUCAGAUCGUAUCAAGACCCCCGAAGCAGCCCCUUCGAAGAAUCCCAUCGAUGUCCGAGGUGAAGGCACAAAGCCAGACAACAUGAAGAUCACUUGGAAGCCUAUGAGAGGAAUUGAUUGGAACGGGCCUGGAUUUGCAUACAUUGUCAAGUGGAGGCAACAGAAUCAAAAUGAACAGUGGAACGAAAAGAUGGUCACAGAGAAUUUUUUGUUUGUGGAGAAGACCAAGACAUUUGUACCCUACGACAUCAAAGUCCAGUCUGUGAAUGACCUCGGCAAGGGUCCAGAGCCUAGACUUGUCACUGGCUACUCGGGAGAAGACAAGCCCACCAUUAUCCCGGAAAACAUUGGAUUAGAGGCUUUAAAUGACAGCACCAUCAAAGUGGCAUGGCUACCGGUGCAGAAGGAGGGAUUAAAUGGAAGACUAAAGGGAUUUGUGGUCCGAUAUGUUGCUCAAAAUGAAAAGCAUAAAAGCAACUUAACCGUGCAUGGAAACGUUACCCAUACAUCCAUCAACCGUCUGAAGCCUUUCACCAACUAUUCAGUGACUGUCCAUGUACUUAAUGGGAAAGCCGAGGGCCCUGAAAGUGAGACACAGACGAUUCGAACAGAGGAGGGCGUUCCAUCACCACCCAGCGGUCUUCGUUUUGAACGCCUUUCUGACACCUCUUUGGCACUAUUUUGGGGGCCACCUGAACAUCCCAAUGGAAUCAUAACAGGCUAUAAAAUUUCUCACGAUCUAGUGAGAAAGGAUCACACCAACUCAUUUCUGCUACAAACAAUUGAUGACCCGACUCAGCAGACUUGGACAUUCCACAACAUGAGCAACAAAGAUACUUACAAGUUCUAUGUCUAUGCCAAGAACUCUGCAAGAGAAAGUCUUCCUGCCAAGAUAGUAGGCAGCACAAUGAAAGAGCUAGAAUUUCCACCAGUUCUGAACAUUACAGUUUCGAGGACAUCCAAGUGUAUCACCAUAAAAUGGAGACCAUUGGAGGGACAGAGAAAUGUUGAACUCAAAGUACAGAUGAAGAACAAGAGCAGUGAUUCGUGGCAGCAAUACGAUGUGAAUGCUUCUGAAGCCGAAUUCAAAAUUGUUGAACUGCAACCGAGUGAAAAUUAUUAUGUUCGUAUUUUGGCGUUAAAUCACACUCGUUAUGAAGAAAUUUGGGGAGUUGAGACUCACACUUUACCUUUAGCUGUACCUGACGAGAAGGGAUUUGCGUCACAGGGCUGGUUUAUUGGCCUGAUAAGUGCUAUAAUUCUGCUGCUUCUCAUCCUGGUCAUCCUGUGCUUCAUCAAACGUAGCAAAGGUGGAAAAUAUUCAGUGAAGGACAAAGAAGACACCCAAGUGGAUUCUGAAGCUCGCCCAAUGAAGGAUGAAACGUUCGGGGAGUACAGUGAUAAUGACGAGAAACCAUUUACUAGCAGCCAACCUUCCCUUAAUGGUGAUGUCAAGCCCCUCGGAAGUGAUGACAGCUUGGCUGACUAUGGUGGCAGUGUGGAUGUCCAGUUCAAUGAGGACGGCUCCUUCAUUGGCCAAUACAGUGGCAAAAAGGAAAAGGAGCCUGCUGGGGGGAAUGACAGCUCCGGCGCAACCUCUCCGGUUAACCCCGUUAACAUUGCAAUCGAGUAAAAAAAAAAAAUACAACGCGUUUUUGAUGGAGGAAGGUCUUAGGGGAAAUAUAUCAAGAAUGAACACUUGGGGGGCCAGUGGGAAGAACUGGAUGGAUCUGGAGAAUUUAUUUUUUGCUUGCAAACCUAUUAACCAUUUUGGUGCUAGAGCAGCAAGUAAUAUAUUAUGUGGUAAGUCUCUCUUGCACCAAACGGGUCGAACUGCUGUACUAUUUUUUGACUGCAACUCCAUGACGUGUACUAGACAAAGAAAUACAUAGGAGGAGGAAAAGGAUAGGUGCCAACAGAUUUUGGGUACCAGUGUUGUCAUAUUAUUUAAUAAAAAUGAACAAAAAGUGGUGAAAAAUACAAGAAAGGAUAAAAGAAAAAAAAAGAAAAAAAAAAACAAAAACCAAAGGAAGAAAAAAAAUAAGAAAAAAUAAUGCAUUCCUCUCUUUCACGCCAAGUUUCGCAUUCACACAAGAACUGUGUUACUUUUCUAUGGUGUCUUUUCUUUGUAAUGGUCUCUUUCAGUGUGUUUAAAAUUCACAAUGGACCCAUCGGCUCUGUGGGUCUUAUUAUCUGAGCGUGGCUUGCCAAAAAAAAAAAAAAAGAUGAAAAACAUGGGAUCUGAGCAUUGCCUAUGUGUGCUUUUCUCAACAUGGCAAAAUCUUCUGUAUUGUCUCACCAUCGUCACCAUGUCAUCUGUCCAUCAACGAGCCAGAUUGUGGGGCUAUCACGUUAGCCUGUCCCCUUGUAAUCACAGUGGGUUCCCCUGGAAGAUGGAAGGAGUAAUGAAAAAGAAUUCUUUUUUUAUGCUCUUUGGUUCACAGCCUCUCGUCUGGCGGAGAGGGGGCAUUUACUUGUCAGGCAUUGGCACAAAAUGUGCACCUGACAUUCUCAUGGUCUCUCUUUUGGCAAAAAAAUAAAUAAAUAAUGUGUCGUAUCACCAUAUUCCAGCGGGUUGUUGAAUUGCCAUGGUAAGUAGUAUUUUUUUUAAUACAAGAUAGGCUUAUUUAAUGUUGUGUGGCAAAUAGUAAAACCGUGAAGUAGCCAACAGCAUCCAUGCAGUUGCCCUCUAUCAAAGUUGGGGGUCUACUGAAAGUUCAUAUUUGGCUAUAGCUAUUGGUUACACUGUACACGUAUUAUAUGCACCAGGCCAUUACAUAAGCUUACAAUGUUAAUCAGCAACCUCCGUAUGCUCGGUUCUGCAUGGUGUGCAUCUCAGGAGCAAUGAAGGCAACAAACCAAUUUGACCCCCACUGUUACUAGACUUUCAAUUUAUGACCGGAUGUAAGGUCUUCUAAGGGGGUCGAGCCAUAAAAUACAGGGUUUAUUGCAUGCUCAAUGCAGAACUGGCAAGCAACUGAUAAGCAGUAGAGAAUCCUGCUGGCCUUUUUUGCAAGACAAGCAAGGUUCUUCUUUUCCUUAGCAUGUCAGGACCAAAGGAGAACAAAUUUCCUUGUAUCCCAAUGUCUUUUCUCAGGGGCAGGUGCAGCAUUAUGGCUAAGGUGCUUACUUGGGGAAUCCAUACCAACCACCUUAUCUCCCUGUGCCUCAGGGUCCGCUCUGUGACUAUUAUAUCACCCAUUGUCCCUAUGUUUCUGCAGGAACAUGCAGUGGCGUCUCCACCUGCCUGGAGACCUCAGCAGAAUAUUUCCAGACAGAAGUGCUGUGUAUAUAUAUAAAGGGUAUCAUUUUGUUUCCGCUGAGUAACCACUACCCCUGUCUGUUAUCACAUUUAACUGUGGAUGUUAGAUUUGUUUCGUUUUUUGGGGGGUGUUGAUCAGGAGGUUGAGAUUAUAUGUGAAGGAGAACAAUGUACUAACCUACAGUGCCAGGAAAAAAUAUGAACUGUGUUUAGUUGCGGGAAAGGCUGCUUUUUGGAGUAUUCUCAUGUGUUCUUCAAACAGUCCUUGGUCCAAGAGUUCCAUGAUGGACAUCAAUGACCUUCUUAUGAACUACACAUUACUACAUUAUAUCUACACAACUGCCCCACAACAUUAUGGUAAAAAUGUCAGCACCUAUAGAUUCUCAAUAUAUAGUAACCUGAAUGAGGGGCCACCCUUGAGUCCUUAGCAAUGGCCAAACGUUUGCUAAAAUGAUCUCUAGGGCAUCUAAACUAGUCCAUUGGCUUGCCAUUGGUCAGAGAGGAUGUUUAUUAAUGACUGGACAGAGGAGGACUCCCAUUUUGGUUUAAUUGGUUCAAUGAUUACUGAGGACUCUCUGGUGAGCCCAGGUCAUCAGACAAUAAUACUCCCCAAAUAUCAAGAAGAAGACAACUUCAUUUGGAGAUGCUCUUUUUCUUAUGGGUUUAUUGACAGCUAUCCAAUUAGGACCUUAUUGAUUAAAUAUCUUGGGCUUUCAAAGAUGUUAAAAGUGGACAUAUAGAUGUAAGGUAGGUGCUCCAAGGAACCUAAGUAUAACAUUGGUUGCCAUUCAUGGCUUGGAAUCUAUUUGUUAUCUAUGAUGACAAGCCAAUGAUUAUUUCCACAACAAACAUGUGUGACAUAUCCAAAAUGUUUCCACAUACAUUGUCAACUUUCCAUUCCUUCCUCAUCUAGAUGCAGCGUCCUCUGUUUUGGAUAUAGGUGUUGAUCCCAAAUGUGAGACCUGAUAGGCUGUGUAGAUUCCCAAAAUGUCUGUAAUGGGAAUAACUGUCCAAUCACUACACAUUCUAAAAACUUCUCAGCCUCCCAUAACUAUAACACUUGAAUAAAUGAACCAUGAAUUCUCUCCACAGUGCACCACGUAAACCUAUCUGGUGGUACAUUUGCUUUUUCAUCUUAAAAGAAGUCACCAUUAGAUCCAUUUGCCGAUGUUCUAUGUAACAUAGCACACAUUAUUUCCUUAUAUGUAAUAUUAUAUAAUGCCAUAACUACAAAUAGUGGAAUUCUGAAGUAUGUCUGCUAAAGGGGUAAGACCUCACUCGAGGAAAUGGUCAUGUAAAGUAUCUUUAUAUGGAGUUUAGAGUGUCUUAAGCUGAGAAUGAUGGUAAUGACAUCCAAAAGGGUAGAAGACUGUUCAUGGAAUCUCAUAGCACAACUGCCAUUACUUACAUGCUAUGUACAGAUAUGUCCUUCCUGACUUUUGUUCUUGGCAUCAGAUGACCAGUUUUGUCUAUACUCUAUCUGUGGCAAACCUAGUAGUCGUGAUGUGAAUUGCAGACUGCCAAGGUUUUUGCUAGCAUCUCACAAUAUUGAGUCAUUAAAGGGUCAUUCCAAUCUCAGACAAUGAUGGCAUAUCGCUAGGAUAUGCUGUCAAUGUCAGAUUGGUGGAGGUCUUAUCUCUGGGACCUACUCCUAUCUCCAUAACAGGACCCCGAAAGUGAAGGAGAGCGCACUGUGUAAGUGCAGUCACCCUCAAUUCACUGCUAUGGGAGUUUUGAUAACAGCUGAGUACUGGCUAGGCUAUUUCCAGCAGUCCCGUAGCGGUGAAUAGAGAGGUGGUCGUGCAUGCAUGGUGCUCUGUCCAUUCACUGCUAUGAGACUUCUGAACAUAGCCGAGUGUGCUCGCUCAGCUAUUUUCGUAACUCCCAUAGCAGUGAAGGGAGAGCAUGCUGCGCAUGCACAUUCUGCUUUCCUUUACUUUGGGGAGCCCAUUCUGGAGAUAGGAUGGGGCAACCAGAGGUGGGACCUGCACCUAUUUGACAUUGAUGGCAUGUCCUAGGGAUAUGCCAUGAAUGUCUGAGAUGGUCCAAUCCCUUUAGCUAAAUUCAAGCAACCCUAAGGGUGGACACAUCUGUGUGGGUUCAUGAUUGUUCCAUUGGAGCUACUUCACCACAAAUCUCAACAAGCCGCUGGCCGAUGACACGAUCUUGGACUUAUAGUUCAACACCAGUUGGCCACAAGUUGUUUUAAGUCCUUCUAGCCAAUACGGUAUAGAGACUGAACAGCACUUCAUAUCCAAUUAUUUGGUUUUAAACUCAGCUUAGAGUGAACAAGGACACUGUGGAGUGAAUUUUCCUGGCAUUGUUCUGUAUGGACAGUGCACGUGAAUGCUCAGACUUGGUGUUUACCCUCCAGCUCUGGAAAAAAAAAAAAAUAUAAUUAACACUUUUGCGGUCAGGGGUCAAAGCUGCAGGCACCCCUGGAAGUAGAGGGGUUUAAAUGGGAAAUCAAGAAGCACCGGGGCAGGUGCGGGAUGUACCUUUUUGAAUGUAAAUAGUGUUUCUGAAGUUUGUAUCUGACGGUAGUGUAUAGGCCUCUGUAAGUCCCUGUCUAUAGCUUGGUAUUGUUAAAGAAAAAUACAAACUAUAUCAUGAUACAAA